AUGCAACUUGCCUGGUUGGAUUUACAAACAAGGGAUACAAUUCACUAUCAACGGAAAGAAUUUGUUUCUACAGACGUAGACCAGUGUACCACCAAAACUCACAAAUGUGACGUCAAUGCUGAGUGCAACAAUACCGAAGGUUCUUUGAACUGCAGCUGCAAGGUUGGGUUUGAUGGCGAUGGCAAAAGGUGCAGAGAUGUAGACGAAUGUGCGACCAAUACCCACAAGUGUGGUGUGAAUGUUCGGUGCAUAAAUACUGAAGGUUCCUUUCACUGCAGCUGCGAAGAUGGAUUUGAUGGUGACGGUGAAAAUUGCACCGAUAUAGAUGAAUGUCUCACCAAUACCCACAAAUGUGAUGUCAACGCUGAGUGCAACAAUACCGAAGGUUCUUUUAACUGCAGCUGCAAGGUUGGGUUUGAUGGCGAUGGCAGGAUUUGCACAGAUAUUGACGAAUGCAGUGGUGACAUCCAUAUUUGUGGCCCUAAUGCAAACUGCACAAAUACUAACGGCUCUUAUGGCUGUUCCUGCCAUUUUGGCUACACUAAAAGUGGAAAAGAAUGUGUUGAUAUUGAUGAAUGUUCAGUUGGUGUUCACAGUUGUCUCAAUGGAACAGCCACAUGCAUAAACACUAUUGGCUCUUACAACUGUUCUUGUAACCAUGAUUACGUAGGAGACGGAAGUACAAGUUGCAAUGUGCAGUCACUCGAAUGCCAGAAUCCUGCAAGUCUUUCAAAUGCUAACAGGAAAGAAACUUACUCCGAAGUUAUUUCAGAAUGCGACAGUUCACUCGGUCCAAAUUGGUUUCGUUUCCAGGGAGCAGCCGGAAAUAAAAUGGCUGCCACAUGUGUCCCAGUUUACCGCUGUGGAGCUUCUAGCACUGGCUGGUUGAACGGGACUCAUCCUACCAUGAGCGAGGGUAUAGUCACAAGGCAGGUCUGUUUUCAUUGGUCAGCGGAAUGCUGUCACUGGUCCAUCAACAUCCAAGUAAGAAAUUGCAAUGGAUAUUUUGUGUAUAACAUCAGCGGGACGCCUCCUGAGCAUCCGUGUCACUUGCGAUAUUGUGGUGCUGACUAAAGUUAUCAGUGAAAACAAUACGAUGUCCGUUUUGCUCAUAGGCCAAGUAAAAUAGAGUCACCACAAAUAUACUACUGAUUUCACCCGCAACGAUUUUGUUUCUUGUUUUGAAAUGAAAGGGGUAUUGGUAGUCAUAGUUCCUGAACUCGUACACAAUUUUUUUCCGAACAAAUUAGGAUGUAAAAUUUUUUUGACGUUAUUUAACCCGCUUAAGGGUGAAAAUAUUAAUCAAUAAUAAAUUUUGAAGAAAAUGAUCAAUUUUUGAAAUGCAAAUAACAAACACGGCGUAGGGUUAGCAACGCUUGCCAACGUUUAAAGUGUAUUCAUGUCCGAUAUCAGUCUUUGCUAUUUUUUACUUGGUCUUUCUUUGUGAGUAGUCGUGUUAGAAGUACUUG